CGUUGGGUGGAGGCUGUGAAACUACGAGAGAAGCUAAACUGAGAGUGAGUUUGAGCCGACAAACGCCCUGUUGCGGGCAGGCAGAUUAACCAAGUUAUGUUAAUGGUACUCUAACGCGCCAACACUGUUGUCAGGUUGGAGGUGGGCUGGGAUGCGAUGGUCCAGGAUGCAAAAGUGAAAGAUGUUUCGCAAGGUGAAAAAACGCCACAGCAGCAGUAGCUCUCAGAGCAGUGAGAUCAGCACCAAAAGUAAGUCUGUAGACUCCAGUUUGGGGGGACUAUCCAGGUCCAGUACAGUCGCCAGCCUCGACACAGACUCUACCAAGAGCUCGGGAAACAACACAUCUGAAACAUGUGCAGAGUUCCGGGUAAAGUAUGUGGGAGCCAUUGAGGGAUUGCAGUUUGACAUGAGCAAGAAGCUCCAGGAACCUCUUGACCUCAUCAACUACAUUGACACCGCUCAGCAAGAUAGAAAGCUGCCGUUUGUGCCACGAGAUGAAGAAAUGAUCCUGGUUGUGUCGAAACACGGAGUGAAAGUGGCCUCGCUCGACCAGUAUGAUGUGUUGCACCGCCACCCUCUCUACCUGAUCAUGCGCAUGUUGUGCUACGACGAUGGCCUCGGCACUGGGAAGAACCUCCUGGCCCUCAAAACCACCGACCCUGAACAGGAGGGGUGCAGCAUCUGGGUGUACCAGUGCAGCAGCUCUGAGCAGGCUCAGUCCAUCUGCAAGGUGCUUUCAGCUUCCUUUGACUGUGCGCUUGCAUCAGACAAGUCGUGAGGAUGGCGGGGGAAAAGUAAAACUAGUAAAGGGAGACAACCAUGACUGACGAAUGCAAACCUUUUUCUUUAAUCGAAGUUUUUUUUUUGUUUGUUUGUUUGUUUUCAGUAGAUACUACCUUAAUGGCAUUCAAUAUCUAUCCACUGACCACCACACAAAAAAUCUGAUUUGGACUUUCAGUUCAAGUUGAAAUCUGCUGGGCAACAAAAUGAAAUGGUUGUAUUUAUUUCAAAGUAUUUCAGGUGUUUAGUUGUUUGGUACAACAUAUGCCACAAAGCGGUAGAUUGUGUCUAUGUAGAAAGGCAUUCAUAUUGGUACGAGUCUUUGAAAUGUGGCCGCUGGUCCUUAAUUUGUGAGACUUGAAUUUAUUAAUAGCACACGUUUUGUAUUUGUGACCAAUAAUAUAAGAAAAGAAAUUGCGCUAUGUCCUCUUUUAUUUUAUCCUUCCGCCAUUGUCACUUUCACCCAUUUGUUGUUUGAAAAUGUUUGUGACAUUAAAUGAGUGAAACUUCAUAA